CUCUAACGUUCCAAAAAAGAAAGGGACGGCGUAAGGGCUGUUGAUGCGCGCGCAGCUUUCCCAGAGCCCUUGCUUCGUUGAACGUGCAACGCUCGUCACUCCGCCGCCGGACCGCGUCGCGUGCGGACGUGUAACGUCCAAGCUUCGUUCGUAAAGUGCGUUAUGGAUAUCGCGAGUUCGUAAUUAAUUCGUUUACUCAAUCGUGCGUUAAUUUCACUUAUCGUGUACUCUUAAUUUUUACGGUGUAUCAAAAUAAUUAUGAUAUAAUAUUUUUCCUUUUGUUUUCUACGGUUUAUUUGGAUUGUAACCUUUUUCGAUGAUGGGCGUUAGUGGUUGUAUGAGCGUGAGGCAGGCAAGGGGCUCCUGUCACUGCCCCGCGUGCCCUAGGGCUUCGGGCCAUGGGGUACAAAUGCCCCCUCAAACGCUCGUACUCCCCCCUAUGGCCUUAGAGCCAGAAACAACCCCUGUAAAGGAUAAGAAAGGAUCUAAAAUGAAAGUCCUGAAGAAAAUUAAGAAAAAAAUCGGAUUAGCACCCCGCACAUCAUGCACAGGUGGGACUCCGAACAACCUGCCUCCCCUGGGCUUCCAUUCAGUCCAUGGGGAGAACGUGAGGGUCUCCAGAGACGGAUCCAUGGCUCGUCGCGUGGAAUCCUUCUGCAAAGGAGUCGCCUUCAGCGCUAGACCCGUCAGGGUUAAUGAGAAGGUGUGCCUACGCUUCGUUGAGAUAUCAAACAGUUGGAGUGGAGUGAUCCGCUUCGGCUUCACAAACCAUGACCCCGCCACCUUAGCCCACGCCCUCCCAAAAUACGCUUGCCCAGACCUCACAAACAAACCAGGCAACUGGGCCAAAGCCCUCGGCGAAAGAUUCUGCGAGAAAGACAAUAUUCUAUACUACUACGUCAAUUCUUCGGGAGACGUUCAUUUCGGUGUUAACGGGCAGGAUAAAGGGCUAUUCUUCUCAGGAGUAGACACGCGGAAUCCUCUAUGGGCGCUAGUAGAUGUUUAUGGGAAUUGCACAGCUGUUCAGUUCGCUGAUCCUCGAGCCCCGAGCCAGAGGAGACACAGUCCUGUCGAGGAAGACAGACUGGUAGGCAGCAUGAGGUCUUUGACCAUGGAAGAACCCCUCCCUCCUCCUAGAUACCAAAACCCUCUAGUACCCCUCAGUCUUCACAGAACUAAGGGUAGAAACGUCCAGUUUAUUAACGAUAGAGGCAUCGCUGCAAGAGCUGAUGCGGAAUUCUGUCAAGGUUACGUGUUUACAGCGCGUCCUAUGCGUCCAGGGCAGACGAUAGUCGUCCAAAUCCUCGCUACGGAAGCAGCUUAUGCUGGCAGCUUAGCUAUCGGUCUGACUUCUUGCGACCCUGCCACGUUAAGACCGUGUGACCUACCUGAUGAUGCAGAGCUACUUCUAGACCGUCCUGAAUACUGGGUAGUGAGACGGGACGCUGCAAACGGUCUUAGAAGAGGAGACGAGCUAGCAGUGACCCUCACUUUAGACGGAGAGGUCCGUGUAAGCAGGAAUGGGUCCACUCCAGUCACAGUCAUGCAUGUGGAUCAUACAUUAAGGCUAUGGGCGUUUGUGGAUAUCUAUGGAGCUACGCAGAAAGUCAGAAUGCUCAGCACUCAAGUGGUGCAGCAAGCUCAAACUCCUCCGCAGCAGUUGAGGGUGUUGACAGGCUCCGCAGCCCCCAUCACCACGGGAGCUGGUGGGACUGUGCUCGUGGUUAGUCUACCACCACAGAAUGGAAGUCAGAAUGCUAAUAAUCAACAGAGUUUGACUCUUGCGAGUGCGCAUUAUAUUGAGCCCAUCCAAACGACAUCACAGCUCUGUUUGACUGGUCUACCAAUCAGUCAACCAACAACUUGCAACUAUCAACCACAGCCGUCCCGCCCACGACCAGACAACCAGUGCUCGUCAACCAGCCAGAAUAACCUGAACGAGCAAGCACAACUUCCCAACGGGCACACGGAACCUCUAAGACUGGCAGAUAGGCUGCAAAAUGGCCCUUCAACCAGUCGCCAUCAACCUAUAUACUCCGUAAUCGGAGAAGGGGGAACCACUGGUAACCUGACAGGAACGGAAUGCACAAUUUGCUACGAAAACCCAAUAGAUUCUGUGCUCUACAUGUGCGGGCACAUGUGCAUGUGCUACCGGUGCGCAGUCCAGCAGUGGAGAGGUAAAGGGGGUGGCCAAUGCCCCCUAUGUAGAGCCCAAAUCAAAGAUGUGAUUCGCACAUACAAAUCCUGAUGUGUUAGAUGCCAAAAUCAUUUUUUAAUCCAAAUAAAUUUGUAUAUAUCUGGUAUUUUAGGUUAGGGAAGGUCUUUGUACUGGAAUCAGAGUUGUAUAAACCGUAAGGUGAACUAGGCAAGCUAGGCUACAAAGGGGGAGGGGGUUUGCAGCGAGACGCGCGUGUCCAACUGCCUAUAGAGUGACUAGGGGGACGAAAUAAAUUAGGGACGCCUAUAAGGUGUCUUCUCCCGCCUUGGGCGAGGCGAGAGGGAGUGUCAGACUCUUACUGACUAAACACCACCCUGUUCUUACUCCUGCUUUUCGAGUCGGAGCCCCGGUAAACCCGCUAGGUAGUCCGCAGCUCCGGAUCAGAUAUCAGCCUUACUGGGCCCAUGUGGUGCUUGCCUAGUGCGCUCUCUAGGUUUAAUCCGCACUGUAAAAAAGGGGGGACGGGGUAGGGGGGAAGUCGUUAAAGGUUAAAUUUGUUUUGUAAAUUAUUUUGAUCUGGUUUCAGUACAAAGUUUGUUCAGAAAGUAAUUUUAAGUAAUAUAUGAAGUAACAGUAAUAAUUAAUAUAUAAAUAUAAACAUGUGUUUCGAAGUAAGUCGGUUAUUUAUACGCGGCGGACGUGAGAACGGCUAUGACUGGUUAAAAAGUAUACGUGCGGACCCAGCUUAUUUGAUUUAGAACUUUAUUUCCCUU